AUAAGAGGAGUCUUGGAGGUGGAGAGGAGUGGAGUAUGAGAACUAGCGGAGGGAAAUACAGCAGCUGUGUGUGGAGGCUGCUCACCUUGUGAAACAAACAGGAAGCUAACGUUCACCACGCCGUGGUCCACCUGGGAAGCUCCGCGUCCCGGUGGAGACACACCGUCGAGCCACCCCGGCAGUCCGUUACCGAACCGCGUUGCUUUGAACGAUUCCUUUAACUUUGGACCACCGCCACAUUCUUCCACAAGCUGACCUCUGUGAAUGAAGAUGCAGUGUCCUAAAAUCUAUCCAGAUGGCCCCGUUGAGGAGCGGAGGUGUAGGAAAUAAGUGACUCUAGGAAACGGCAGGUCCUUAUGGUUGAGGUGGUCCUAGGUGCCCCUUGCCAUGCCUCCUGCCAUGACAGACCUCUUGGACAUUUGGGCGGCCCACUCGCCCCUGGCCGGACACGCACCGGACCAGAUCACCGUGGACUUUCUGCUGCCCACCGGCAUCUACAUCCAGAUGGAUGUUCCCCGCGAGGCCACAAUUCAACAUAUCAAACUGCUCUUAUGGAAGCAGGCUCAGAACUUCCCACUGUUCCCCUCCCUUGGAGAAAUGGAGAGCCACAUGUUCGAAUGUGUCAACCAGGCAGCUGUGCACGAAGAGCUGGAAGAUGAAACCCGUCGGCUGUGUGACGUUCGUCCCUUUCUGCCGGUCCUGAAGCUGGUGACUCGCAACUGUGGGCGGGCCGAGCGCCUGCUGGACUCCAAGAUAGGUGUACUCAUUGGAAAAGGUCUCCAUGAACUGGAUGCCAUUAAUGACCAGGAGGUGAAGGACUUCCGCAGUAAGAUGUUUCGUCUCAGUGAAGAGAGGAUGCAGCGGGUGCAAAUGAUGACGUGCAUGGAGUGGCUGCAGGCAUGCUUCUCCCCGCAGCUGGAGCCUGCAGCUUUAACAACUAUCACAGAUGGCCUCAACGACCGGCCAGCUGACCUUAAAGUCUUCAUCCACUUUGACCAGUCUCAGGACUCAACCAGCCUGAAGGUGUCGUCGUCUUGCACCCCCUCUGAGCUGAUGGAGAUGGCUGUGAAAAAGUGGCUCAUCACCCACGCACCUGAGGAGGAGGCGUGGAGGGGCCAGUAUGUGCUCCGAGUCAGCCAGUGCCUUGAGUUCCUCUGUGGAGACCAUCCUCUGAUUCAAUACAAGUACAUCCGCACAUGUCUUCAAGCCAAGGAGUCUCCUCACCUCACCCUGGUCCACACCAGCACCAUCAAGAACAUGUUUGACAAGGAAAUGUCUGCCAUCGCAGCUGUAGUUAGCCGCAAGUCCUCCAAUCCACCGUUACCGCUACCUCCCAAAAGAAGGAUUCCCACCCAAGUCCAGACGUGUGUGUGGGACGUGUCGUGCUCAUUCAAGAUAGUCCUCGUGAAAGGCAGCAAGGUGAACGCUGAAGAGAGUGCCAAGGUCCAGGUGAGGGCGGGCCUCUUCCAUGGCACAGAGCUGCUAUGCAAGCCGGCCGUGAGCAGCGAGAGCAGUGGGCGCUCAGAGCACACCUGGAAGGACAACGCUCUGGAGUUUGACAUCUCCAUCUCUGACCUACCCCGCAUGACCCGCCUCUGCUUCGCCAUCUAUGGUGUCAUGGAUAAGGUCAAGAAACAGAAGUCCACCAAAAAUCCACACAUAAACAAAUACCAGACCAUACGAAAGGCAGGGAAAGUGCACUACCCCAUAGCUUGGGUAAACACGAUGGUGUUUGACUACAAAGGGCAGCUGAAGACGGGAGACAUCAUCCUACACUGCUGGUCUUCUUUUCCUGAUGAACUUGAAGAGAUGCUGAACCCAAUAGGAACCAUUCAGACCAACCCAUACACUGAGAACGCCACAGAGCUGCAUAUCCACUUUCCAGGCUACUCUCCUCAACCUAUCGUCUUCCCCCCUUUCGACAAGAUCCUGGAAAAAGCUGCACAGAUUGCCAGAGCCAGUGACUGCGUAUCCAUAGGUCGUGGUGGGAAGAAGUUCCACAUAGAACUGAAGGAGAUCAUGGAGCGGGACCCACUCUCUCAGCUGUGUGAAAACGAGAAGGAUUUGAUUUGGACACUACGCCACGACUGCCAUGAGAAUUUCCCUCAGUCUCUACCAAAGCUGCUGCUCUCCGUUAAGUGGAGCAAACAUGAGGACAUGGCCCAGCUCCAGGCACUGGUUCAGAUUUGGCCCAAAUUGUGUCCCAGAGAUGCUCUGGAGCUCCUGGACUUCAACUACCCUGAUCAGUACGUCAGAGAGUAUGCUGUGGGCUGCCUGCGGGAUAUGAGUGAUGAGGAACUAUCACAGUACUUCCUGCAGCUGGUGCAGGUGUUGCGUUAUGAGCCUUAUUAUGACUGCGCCCUCACCCACUUCUUACUGGAGCGUGCGCAAAGCAACCGUAAAAUUGGACACUUCCUCUUCUGGCACCUUCGAUCAGAGAUCCACAUGCCAGCUGUUUCAGUCCAGUUUUCCCUCAUCCUGGAGGCAUAUUGUAGAGGAAGUAUCCCUCAUAUUGAGGUUUUAAAGAAACAGGUGGAAGCUCUGACUAAGCUAAAGUCCGUCAAUGAGCUAAUCAAACUGGGAACCAUUAAGAACACUCGUAGCAAAACGAAGGAGGCAAUGUUGACCAAGGAGGCCAUGAUGACAUGCUUGAGACAGAGCGGUUACUCGGAGGCUCUGUCGGACCUGAACUCCCCUCUUAACCCCAGUGUGCUGCUGUCUGACAUCAAUGUGGAGAAGUGUCGCUAUAUGGACUCCAAGAUGAAGCCUCUUUGGAUUGUUUACAACAAUAAGCUGCUUAAUGGAGAUACUUUGGGAAUCAUCUUCAAGAACGGAGAUGACUUGAGGCAAGACAUGUUGACCCUACAAAUUCUGAGGUUGAUGGAUCUUCUGUGGAAGGAGGCAAAUCUGGACCUGAGGAUUGUGCCAUACGGUUGCCUAGCAACAGGUGACAGAGCAGGCCUGAUUGAGGUGGUCUCCUCAGCAGACACUAUUGCAAACAUCCAGUUGACCAGCAGCAACGUUGCAGCAGCAGCAGCGUUCAACAAGGAUGCUCUGCUGAACUGGCUCAAAGAGAGGAACACUGGUGAUGCUCUCGAUCGAGCCAUCGAGGAGUUCACCUUGUCGUGUGCGGGCUACUGUGUAGCCACCUACGUCCUGGGCAUCGGAGACCGCCACAGCGACAACAUCAUGGUUCGCAGCACAGGACAGCUUUUUCACAUAGACUUCGGUCACAUCCUCGGCAACUUCAAGUCCAAGUUUGGUAUCAAGAGGGAACGCGUACCCUUUAUCCUCACACACGACUUCAUCCACGUCAUUCAGCAGGGCAAGACGGGGAACACUGAAAAAUUUGGCAGUUUCCGUCAAUAUUGUGAGGAUGCUUAUCUUGUCUUGAGGAAGAACGGGAACCUCUUCAUCACCCUGUUUGCCCUCAUGCUGACUGCUGGACUACCUGAGUUGACCUCUGUCAAAGACAUCCAAUACUUAAAGGACUCUCUGGCUCUGGGGAAGUCUGAUGACGAGGCACUAAAACAUUUCCGCCAAAAGUUUGACGAAGCUCUCAGAGAAAGUUGGACAACUAAGGUGAACUGGAUGGCCCACAACGUGGCCAAAGACAACCGAUCCUAGAGCUGCUGGAACCCCCUUUAAAAAACCAGGGGGCAGGAGACAUGGCGAGGAAAUGUGUGGAAGGGGCCAGAUGUGCCAAAAAGACACGGUGACAUAAAUAUUUAUAUACAUUUACGCUGAUUUAAAGAAGGGAAUCCUGCUCAAAUCUGAAACACAAGCAGAUUUAACCCUGCGUGCUGUAAAUAGAGUAAAUCUACUCUGAGGUAUUUCAGUUACCCUGCAACCUCUUUGCCUUCUGUAACCCUGGCAUGGGCUUCAAAAUUAUGAUCUGGAAUCAUUUCUGUAGAAUCGCCAUCAUGGACGACAUUUGCAAGUUUUGCACAGACUCAACAGCUGGUGGAGGACACAGCCAGAGGAAUGGAACUAAGGAUCCCCCUUCGCCCACACUAACUCUUCAGUGAGGACAUCCCCCGUACAGAUGGCUAUGGCAUCAGUUAACGACAGGAGCGUUAAGGGGAAGGGCGGAUUCGUCAGGUGGGAGAUCGCAUAAAAGGGGCACGUAUUUCAACAACACCCCGUGAAGAGCAACAAGCUGGAUUGUAACAACAAAGAAAAUGGCGGAGCUUAAAAACGGAGAUGCAUUUGUCCUUCAUGUCUUAAAAUACUGAACACCACGACCAGUGCAACUUUGGACCUGUUGUCUGAAGGUCUGCUGUGAAACUGAAACAAGAAGAUUGUAUUUCUUUUGUUUUUACUGUGUAAGAGACAUUUAUGUGCCAGACUACUUUACUAGUCCAAACAGGAAACUUGUGAGGGAAACAACAGAAAGAGACUUCUUAGAAGAAAAAGAUGCUCUGAGCCUUGUGGUCUGACUCCUGCUUCAUUUGGACUUUUGAACACUGGAAUGUUUUAAAGGCAUACGAGUAAUUUGAGUAAUUCAAAAACACUUUUAAUAAACUAAACUCUUUAUUUUAUUUUUUAUUUGAAUUAUUUUAACCUCGCAGAGUCUCGACUAUUACUAUGACUUUCCUGUUUGACAUUUUUUUAAAGGCCCAACAAGCAACGAUGUCAAACUCACAGCAGCUGACACUUGUCACAAGUUACAACCAAACCAGAGAGCAUAUGUUUAAUCAUUUUUAUUGUGCCGUUUUUAAAUGAUCUGUUUUCAAACUGAAUGUGCAAACGUGCCGCUCUAUUGUUUUUAUACAAGCGAAUGUGGGCGGAGUCAGCAGCCUGGUAGGCGGGAUUACUCAGUAGAGACGUAGAUGCAGACCUACUUCUAGUUUCGACAAAUGGUGCUCUUCCAGCAUCUGCAUCUGUAUUCGACGUUUGUGCAAUAUCCAAAUCUAUGUCCCAUAUCCUCUCACCUAGAACUCUGGGCCCAGGCCUUAGCCUAUAUUAUACUCUGUUGUUUCCUGGUCCAUGUGUGAAGCGGCUCUAAAUCGUACCAUUAGCCUUCAGAAGUCUCAAACACUGCAUAUUGUGAAAUGUACAAGCUUUUAUUGUUUUGCCUUUUUUGUUUUCAUAGGAAUUUUAUUAAAGUUAUUUUCCACAGUGCA